UCAAAUAUGAUAUGCGCUUUUGCCUUAUAAAUCCUGAGCUCAAAUACUUCUCAAUUCACAAACAACACACACACAUAUAAAAGAUCUUUAGAAAGCAUUAACAGAACUCGUUGUUUAAAAACAUGAAGGUUUCCAAGUGUCUCAUCCUGAUUACCUUAUCUGCUUUGGUAAUUUCCUUUGCCAAAGCUUACGAUCCAAGUCCACUCCAAGACUUCUGUGUAGCCAUUGAUGAUCCCAAAAAUGGUGUUUUUGUGAAUGGCAAGUUCUGUAAGGAUCCCAAGCAAGCGAAGCCAGAAGAUUUCUUCUUCUCCGGGCUCAACGAGGCAGGUAAUACUGUUAAUGAUGUCAAAUCUAAUGUGACAACGGUCAAUGUCGAUCAGAUUCCAGGGCUAAACACUAUGGGAAUAUCCUUGGUCCGCAUCGACUAUGCACCAUAUGGCCAAAACCCGCCUCACACACACCCUCGUGCCACUGAGAUCCUUGUUCUUCUCGAGGGAACAUUGUAUGUCGGGUUUGUCUCUUCCAAUCAAGACAAUAACCGUCUAUUUGCCAAAAUGCUGCACCCCGGCGACGUGUUCGUGUUCCCCAUAGGAAUGAUCCAUUUUCAAGUGAAUGUCGGUAAGACCCCUGCCGUAGCCUUUGCUGGACUGAGUAGUCAGAACGCUGGUGUUAUCACGAUCGCAGAUACUGUGUUUGGGUCAACGCCCCCGAUUAAUCCAGAGAUUUUAGCUCAGGCGUUUAAGUUAGAUGUCAAUGUUGUCAAGGACCUUGAAGCCAAGUUCAAAAACUAAAUCAUGUCAUUACGAGUGUUUAUCGUCAUAACAAUUAUGUAAUGAUGUUAUACGAAAUAAAAGUUUAUGCUUGAUAAAAUAAAAAGGUAUUAUUAUUCACCUA